CGAGCUAUACAGUCGAAAGGAGACACUCACUAACGGGAACCAGUUGAUCGUUCAUCUCCACAAUUAGUUCACCUCGAAAAAUCCAUAAAUACACUCAUCAGUCAAAAUUAUCAGUCCAAAAUAUCAAGAUAAAAAAUAUUUAUCGUGUCUAUUCUGCUGAUUACCAUUGUUUUACUGUGUGAAAGUGAUAGUCAUUCGAGAAAAGUAAAAGUGAAACGUGAAUAAUCUGGAUAAAGACGGAUUUCAGAAGGUUCAGAGAUUUAUUAGAGGAAGUGGAAAAACGUGAGUGACUUGAGAGAAUUGAAGACAAUUUUAUUCAAGAAAUAUAUGACAUAAUCACGAUAACAAGCGAUGGGUUCACUCCAGCAACACUCGAUCCUCAAGGGGAACAACAUAAUCAGUAAAAAUAACAAUAAUAUUGUGCACAGAAUUUUCGAAGAUGUUGCCAAGACCUGCGAUGAACAAACGGCCAUAAUCUACGAAGAUGAAAACGGGGGAAAUUACUCGUUUUCCUACAAUGAGUUGAAUUCAUCAACAAAUAGAUUGGCAAGAACCCUGAGGAAAUUAUGCAAACCUUACACAAGGACAGAUUCAAUCAUAGCAGUCUCUAUGAAACCCACCCAUAAUCUUCCCAUAAUUCUUCUAUCAAUUUUAAAAUCUGGAAUGGCUUAUCUACCACUCGAUACAGAAUUUCCCGUAUCGAGAGUCAAACAUAUUCUGGAGGAAUCGGAACCGCUCAUGGUCAUCGUUGACGGAGACCACAAAUCAAUUUACGAUGGUACACCAGUAUCAACUCUCACUGAGUUGUGGGAAGAGUCAGUAAACGAAUCCGAUGAGCCACUCGAUCAUGAUGAAAAUCCUGAGCAGUUGGCCAUUGUCCUGUACACGUCUGGCAGCACAGGAAUACCCAAAGGAGUCAGAUUACCCCAUGCCACCCUCAUCAAUCGUUUACAAUGGCAGUGGAGAGAGUUGCCCUUCAAGGAUGAUGAGAAACUUUGUAUUUUCAAAACAGCUCUGACCUUUGUUGACAGUGCACCCGAAAUUUGGGGACCACUUCUCCAAGGUCGAACCAUCAUUGUUGUUCCAAAACAAAUUACCAAGGAUCCGGAGAGAUUUAUCAAUACACUGGAGAAGCAUAAAAUCCAGCGACUUGUUCUUGUGCCUUCUCUUCUUCAGUCAAUUCUCAUGUACCUCACCAUUUGCGAUGAUACAGAGAAAUUAAAAUCGCUACGGCUUUGGAUAUGUUCUGGUGAAAUUCUGUCACAAUCGUUGGCUCAACAAUUUCUCACGAGAUUUUCCAAGUUCAAGCAUACACUUGCCAAUUUCUAUGGCAGUACCGAAGUUAUGGGGGAUGUUACGUAUCACUUACUGAAUGAAGAGAGUCAGCUAAAAGAUAUUCAAAAAGUCCCCAUUGGACGGCCUUUGGAUAACUGUAUAAUUUAUCUGGUGAGUGACGAUCUUCGCUUAGUGGCGCAGGGGGAGGUCGGUGAAUUGGUGGUGGCGGGCAGAAAUUUGGCGGCUGGUUACAUACGUGGUCGGGAUCCCCACAAAUUUGUCAACAAUCCUCAUGCCAUUGACCCAGAAUAUUCAACGAUUUAUCGCACCGGUGACUAUGCAAAAAUCGUGAAAGGAAUGUUUAUCUACGAAGGACGAACAGAUUCGCAGAUCAAGAUUCGAGGACAUCGGGUCGAUCUUACGGAAGUUGAGAAAUCCGUGACCGCUGUCCCCAUCGUUGAUAAAGCGAUUGUACUGUGUUACAAACCCGGUGAAAUAUCACAGGCUUUAAUUGCAUUCGUAACUGUGGAAGGAGGACAUUCUGCAUCAGGUUUACAAAUUGAACACUACUUGCAAAAUGCACUACCGUCUUACAUGAUUCCUCAAGUCAUUGUUCUAGACAAUAUACCGCUACUCAUUAAUGGAAAAACAGACAGGCAGGCGUUACUGAGAAUGUAUGAAACAUCAAGUUCUAAUAGAGAUGCUGGCAAAGACGUGAGCUGUGACUACACCGGAGUUCCCGAAAAUGUCCUCCCCAAGGCAAAAGUUCUUUUCUCCACAAUCGCUUCGGUUCUUGGAAGGAGUGGACGAUGCACAGUUGACGUCAAUGGGAACUUCUACGAACUUGGAGGAAAUUCCUUAAAUUCCAUAUACACAGUAACAAAACUUCGGGAACAAGGGUUUGAAAUAGGAAUCACCGAUUUUCUCAAAGCAAAAAACAUGAUGGAAAUAUUAGAAAAGAUGAGCACAACAACAGACAAGAAGAAUAUUAGCAAUGAUCCAGAAAAAUCAAAAUUCAUCAUCGAGAUGUUGGAUCAUUCGCAUAGAGAAGACGUCACACAUGUAUUGACUGAAAGUUUCUACUUGAAAGCUGAUCUAGAGAGGUGGCUGGCACCAAACAUUAUGAGAAGUGAUUACCAUGAUCUUGUCGAUGCUCUUUGGGAUCCCCUUGUUGAGAAGGGAUUUAGCUUCGUUGUGAGGGCAGCCGAUGAGAAAAAAACUAUGCUAGGAGUAGCACUAAGCUUUGAUGCAUAUGAAGAACCUGAAUGUGAAAUCACAUCAAAACUCGCAAUCGUCUUUGAGUUCCUGGAGUACCUCGAGGGACCACUUCGGGAAACCAAAUUACCAGUUGGAAAGGGUAAAAUUCUUCACUGCUAUAUGAUGGCGACCAAUACUGACCUCAGUCCCGCGGAUAAUGUUAUCAUCAUGAGUGAGAUGGAAAGGGAGCUUCUCGAUCUGGCAACUGAAAAAGGACUAGUCGGAAUUUUUACUACCAAUACUAGUCCUCUUACACAGCAACUGGAUGUUGAUGUUUAUGGAUACGAAGUACUCCUCGACUAUCAGGUAAACCAAUAUGUCGCACCUGAUGGUACCAAGCCAUUCGGCGCAGCACCGGAUGAUCAAAGGGCUGUCUGCUGUUGGAAAACAAUCGGCACCAGUCAUUGAAGGCACAAGAAGAUAACAUCAUGAUGUUAUUCCUGUAAAUAGUUUUGUAAAUAAUAAUUCAGAGAUUUUACGUGCAUCGACAUAUGCGACAUGUAGGUUGUACAACCGGUGGGUUGUGUGCGUUGAUGCUGUUUCGUGUAGGAAUGAGGGGAUGCGGAGAGUAGUCACUGAAAAUAUUGGGUUCAAUGGAGGACGGAGGAUGGAGGAUGUCAUCAUUACGUUAUAUUUAAGAUUACGUAACGUGAAUCUUGCAGAAAGGAGUUUCAUUGGUAAUAAGAUAAUCGAUCGCUACCAUAAUCCAAACUUGUGUCGAUGGGAGGGUAUCCGUUGCACUUUGAUCUGACCAAAAAUCAGAGGGACAAGAGAAUAAUAAGGGAGUGAGGAUCGGUUUCUGAUAAUUUCGAUAGUAAUGCAAUAAAGUGCGGAAUUUCAUUGUUUUAAUUUUUCCUGAA